AUGAUAACAACGGCCUCGUCACAGGAGGAAUCUCACCGCCUCGACACAAGAAUCUUUAAAAGAACAGGCAGGGAUCUAUGUGAAAUUCUUGUGGUGUUCCAAGCUUAUUGCAAAGUCUACUCAGGGGUAGUGCAGUUGAUGGGUGGCAUCGAUCAGACCUUCGUGGCGAGUGCACUAGAAGUAUUGGGACUGUUUGCUCUGGUCGCUGUGAACAAGAGCGGAACAGAAACAGAACUUCAGAGCAUGAUUGAAACUUUGAGGUCCGAGUACACCCGUAUCAAAAGCCUGGUCGGCAUUUACAACAGCAAUAAACUGAGGGAAUGUGUUGCCAACGUGUACCGUCUCGGAAUCGAAUUUCUGCAGGAGGCCACCGUCUACUACUCUUAUUCUUCACGGAGAAGGCUGUGGCAUGUGGCAACCCGGCCACCGCAGAUAUUUCUAGACGCAAAGAUUUCGGCUCUUAAAAGUGCCAUUGAUGAAGUCGUCAAAGAGCGUGACGUGGAGGCCCAUCUACGAUUGAGUAGGGUAGAGAUCAAGAUGGAUGCCAGUAUUGCGCAAAGUUGCAUCGAAAGAUCCACUGCCAGGAUUGAGAAGCUAUCUUUACUUCUUAACCUUCCUCCCUGCAAUCCUUCCAAUCAACUCAGAGAUUUCGCUUCCGAACUCGACGAUGAGUUUUCGCACCUCAAGAGGAUGCCGCCUUUCGAAAAUAACGAUGUAACCUCCAAUUUGCUUUUCAAGACCUGGAUGAAUGACACAGAGCAGCUUAAAUCAUCAAGGCUCCUGCUUCUUCAUGGGCGUACAAAGGCCCCCUCGAGCACCAACAUGGCAUGGGUUUCCCAGGCCAGUGUGGAAGUAGUUCGGUUGCUACAGAAAAAGGAUGCUGUUGUGGCAUUUCACCUAUGCAAACCAGAUAAUAAGUAUGAUGACAGAAGCGUACGUGUUCAUUCUGUUCCAACGGCCGCACUUGUGCUUCUAUAUCUUGGGUUCCAGUUGUUGAGUUUGACCUCCGCUGGUCGAGCGGCAUUGGGCAGUCACAGCACUCCGGAAUUCGAGUGUCUAUUUCAAAACGUCCUGGAAACUGCAAAGACUAGUCGGGAGCUGAUUGAAGACCGGAGUGCUGGGAACAGAAGAGCAACAUCAAAGGAUUGUUCCAGUGCUUCCAUGGCCUUUCUGGAGGCAUCUAUUGCCUUAAUUUCAGCGCAAAGUCAGUUGCUACUCUCUGAAGCCAAGCCGUGCGUAGUCUACCUCAUCGUAGACCGAUUUGACACACUUUCGCAAUAUGACACUCUGCUACUUGAGCCACUGAUGACCUUGGUACAGAAACCGGGGCCUAACGUGGUUAUAAGAGUCUUAGUGGUUGGGGAGCGUAAGCUGAGAGACGAAAGAGGUGGUCUUGGGAUUGCGGAGUUCAUAGAAAAUAAUCAAGGAAAAUCAGAAUGGGGUGAGAUUGAACGGGAUCAGGAUAGUUGA